AUGGGCUCCGGAACCCCCGAAAAGAAAAGAAAGCGCGCCUCAGAAAAACAUGACCGGCCUAGCAAAAAACCGGCUAUCGAGUCCGUCAUGCCUCCUCUGAAGGUCAAGUUCAUUGAGAACGACGCUGGACCGGUUCCAGUGAUUGCUUCUACACCGGGAAUUCGUCUCCCUGAGUCUCUUUCUCUCCAGGCCUACACCAAAUCGCGUGCAAAGCGCGCUUCCACCACGGGUACUACCAAUUCUGAUGUCAUUUCUUCCGAAUUACUCCUGCAUUCGUCUUUGCAUCCGAAGCUGGAUUUUACUGCGAGGGAAGGUGUGGAUCAACUGGAUUCGUUGUGGAAUCAUUAUGUGGCCAUCUACGAUCCCAAACGAAAUGCGUUGCAAUUGGUUGAGGCCAGAAAAGUCACUGUGAGAAGCUCUCUGCGCGAGGCGGUUCCUGACGAAGAAGAGGAAUCUGAUGAAGAAGUCAAAACCGCAUUCUCCAAACGAUCUGCCCUGGCAGAAGCCUUUGGCACCAAGCAAUCCCGCAAGGCCAUACAAUCGAUCGCCGAAAAUGCCCUACUCUCCAACGCGCCGGGCGGAGCGCCCAACGCCGCAGAAUCCGCCUUGCUCUCCUCGAUGCCAAAGGACGAAAUAUCCACCGUCCCCGCCGAAAAGACAGCUCAGCAAGAAAUCCAAGCCGCCAAACCGCUUCCACAACCGAACCUGUCCGCACAGCAUCCAUCAGACGUAUACUCUCUCGACUCUUUAAUCCCCGGCGGCCUCUCGACACUGCACUCCAUGCCAAUCCGCGACUGGCAGAACUCACUCGCGAAAUCCGAAGCAAUCUUCACCAGAUCCCGCUUCGUCUCCCGCCGCGUCGAGGCAGUGGGCAAAUCCGGCGACAAAACGCAGCUACAACUCCUCCGAUUCAUCCUCCUCCUUAUCGAAUUCGCCGGCAGCCUCAAGCCCACCCGCGGCGCCGACAAGGCUAGCCCCGGCAGCAAGAAGCUCCCUCUCCGCGAAGACCUGCGCCGCAAGCUCUCCGAGGCGACCAAUCCGAAGAACAGCACGGCGCCGCAGUUCGUCACGGAUUCGCUGAUCGAUUCGCUGCGCAGGAAGUUCGUGCCCCAGGGUGCGAUCUUGGCGCGGAACGAUAUCACCUUCCUGUUCACCACGAUCUGUGCUCUGACCCUGCACAUCCCGCCGGCGUCGGGGGCGCCGCAUGCACCGAAUGAGUUGGCCACUGAUCCUGCGGAUCUGCGCGAUGAUUUGAGUCUGGAGAACCAGACUGCGUUGCAGUAUUUUAAGGAAUUGGGCUGUCGGAUCGACAAGCCACGGGAGAGUGAAUAUGCGAAAUGGGGUAUUAAGAAAGGAAAGACGGAGGCUGCAAUGAAGCGAAUUGCGAGACUGAGGAUACCGGUGGAGUUUCCCAAAGUGAGCCGUGGUGGCAGAAGGUGAAAUCACGAUGGGGAUAGCAUAUUUUUGUGAGAGCGAGAUUUAGGAUUUACAGCCUGGAUGUAUGGAGUAUACGCACCCAACUUAAGAGCUUGUCUUUACUGUGUUAACUAUAUCGAUGAGUACCCAAAGAAAGAGUA